AGGGAGUUUUUCCGGCCAGCUACAUUCACUUGAAGAAAGCCAUUGUUACCAACAGAGGGCCUCACGAGACAGUGAUCCCCCUGGAAGACCCAAUUGUUACGGAGGUGACAUUGACUCUUCAGGAAUGGGCCUUACUAUGGAAACAACUCUAUGUGAAACACAAGGUGGAUCUGUUCUACAAGGUCCGCCACGUUAUGAUGGAGCUGAUCGACCUGAGGAGGCAGCUGCUGUCUGGUCACCUCACCCAGGACCAGAGCAGAGACGUCAAGAGACACAUCACUGUCAGACUCGACUGGGGCAACGAACACCUGGGUCUGGACUUGGUGCCAAGAAAGGAGUUUGAGAUGGUUGAUGAAGACCAGAUAAGUGUGUCAGACUUGUAUAAAAUGCAUUUGUCCAGCAGACACAGCGUCCAGCAGAGCAGCACACAGGGUGAGAAUAGUCGGCAGAGACAUGGAGAACCUUGCAGGGUUCCUGUACCCCACCACCUACUGGUCAACCUGAAGAGCUUCACCUACAACAGCAUAGGCGAGGACACGGACAUAUUUUUCUCUCUGUUUGAUCUGAGGGAGGGAAAGACCAUCAGUGAGAAAUUCAUGGUGAGACUAAACAAAAACGGAGGACCAAAGAAUCCGGAGAAGGUGGAUCGGCUGUGUGCUCUGUUCACGGACCUGAGCAACAAAGAUAUGAAGAGAGAUCUCUACAUCGUAUCACAAGUUAUUCGAACAGGUCGCAUGCUGCUGAAUGACAGUAAGAAAGGUCCGGCACAUGUUCAGUACCGCAGACCAUACGGCUGCGCUGUUCUGGCCAUGAGUGACGUGCUGCAGAUCAUCUCAGAGCUCAAAGAGGAGAAAGACUUUGUUCUUAAAGUCUAUACGUGUAACAAUGAGAAUGAAUGGUACCAGAUUCAUGAAAACAUCAUCCGCAAGUCGAGCACCAAAUACACAGCUCCCAGCACCAACUACGGUAGGGACAGGCUGAGUGAGAGUGUCUGUAGCUCUGCUGUGGAUGGUGUCUGUGUGAUGGGCAUUGAUUUGCUUGUAGAAUGA